AUGGUUUUUGACUUUGUCGCUCCUGGGAAGGAAACAGUAGUGCCUCCGACAAUGACAGUUGAACUAUCGCGCGUAGUCACUAUUGUCAAGGUCUCUGUAGCAGUCGAGCCCCCUAUCGUCGUCGAUACUGUCGAAACCUCUGUAGUGGUAGACUCUGGAAGGGAGGUCGUUACUGUCGAGACGCUUGGCGCAGUGAAAGUAGUAAUUAUAGUGGUCGUGGCUCGUGUGGAUGUAAAUGAGGUUGUCGCAGUGGAGGCGGUCAUCGUCGUCAUGACUUCUAUCGUGGUUGACCCGAUGGCAAUGCUUUCUGUCGAUACCUCUGCCGUGGUUGGCCGGCUCAAGGUCGUUGCUGUGGUUGAGGUAGUCGUCGAGGUCAAAACUGCUGUAUUAGUUGAAGUGGUUGGCGCCAGUUCGAGACUUGUGUCGUCGUUGAACCAUCGAUAA